UAGUAUCGGAUCCCAUCGCCGGCGACGUCAAUCGGAGGGUUCUGGAGCCGACGAUGAUGACUACGAGUAUGAAGAUGAGGGAGAGGAUGCUAUUGAGCCAAGCACGGAAGUUCCCGCGGUGACUACGCAUGCGCAUCGUCAUCAUCAUGGAGUGUCGGAGGGGGAUUCUGCCUCUGCGUCUGCCACGCCCUCGGUGGCCAGUGUGGAGGAGGAGAUCGAGGAGAGCGUCUCGAAGCUGGAGUCCGUGAUAAGCAAGACUAUUGAGAAUACGAAGAACAUCAAGGAGCUGGUCCCAGUGCUCGAGCCAUCGUCCGUCGAUGAGGGUGGUGCUGGUGCUGACGAUGAUGAUUAUGUAGAGGAUGUGGAACUCCAGCAAUUGGGCGCCGCUGCAGGGAAAUUCCAGGAAAAUGAUGUGGACACCACCACAGCGGCUGCCGCAACAGCCACAACUGGGAUGCCUGGCUCUGCCACGGACAUGGUAAAGUCCAGUUACAUGGAGGAGGAAGCAGGGAAUCAGGUGGAUGCCGUUGCCGUGGAUAAUGUUACAACAUUCAGCACCGCUGAUAACACCACACCCCCACCCAUAUCGCCCCCCACCCCACCACAGCACAGCAGCAGCAAUAGCAAGCAGAAGCCAUUCUCACCCUAUGAUGCCACCUCCUCAGUGUCAGUGUCCUCCUCCUCUGUUGUGCCAUCAAUCGGAGCUGUUGAAACGUCUUCGUUGCCAUCCAUGUCCACCUCUACAUCGGCCACAGGGACCUGCUCACCCUCAAACUCAUCCCCAUCCUCUCACAUUGUUGCCAUCACAGACAUUGUAUUAGACAACAACAACCAUAAAAACAACAACAAUACUCUAACAACUCCAUCAUCAUCUGCAUCAUCAUCAUCUGCAACAACAACAACUACAACAAUCACACCAACAGCAACAAUGUCAACUACAACAACAGCAACAACAACACUGUCUGAAAUGUCGCCAAAGGUAAAUGAUGUCGCUUUUGUGUGAACGCGCCCGUGAUUGUGUGUGUUGUCUCUCUUGUCUACUGUCUCUUGUCGUUGUCACAUCUAAGCUGUUGUCCUCCCUCCCCCUCUUUAUGUGAGUGUGUGUGUGUCUCCUCCAAACAGCCAGGAGUUAGCUUAGUUCUGUCUCUCUCUCUCUGCCUCUCCAUCUCUUAAUCUGUAACUCUCUUGUUUUUCUUUUAUAUUGAUAUUGCAUUUUUAUUGCCUUUUGUCAUGUGUAAAACGAGAGUUGAACUUCAUAAAAAUGGCUUAACAACAUCCCUGUUGCAGUCAGAAAAGACUUUUAGUGGAGUUGUGUUUGUACAUAAAUGUUAGCAAACUAGAUAAAGAAGUGUAUGUAGAUAUAGUUAAUAUAUAUGUAUU